AUGUUCAUUUUUUCUUUGCUUUCUCGUGAGGCUGGUAUUGCUCAGACGAUUUCUGAUAAAACUAGUCAAUUAAGUAGUCAUUGUUCACUCUCUCUUUGUUUCUAUCUAUCUAUCUAUCUAUCUAUCUAUCUAUCUAUCUAUCUAUCUAUCUAUCUAUCUAUCCCGGUCUGUUCAUAUCUAUCUAUCUCAGUUUGUCCAUAUCUAUCUAUCUAUCUAUCUAUCUAUCUAUCUAUCUAUCUAUCUAUCUAUCUUAAUUAUCUAGCUCUUCUGUUGAUAUCUAUCUAUCUAUCUAUCUAUCUAUCUAUCUAUCUAUCUAUCUAUCUAUCUAUCCCUGUCUGUUCUAUCUAUCUAUCUAUCUAUCUAUCUAUCUAUCUAUCUAUCUAUCUAUCUGAAAUAAUCCUUUUUAAAUACAAUCGCCUACUUUCUUUCUUUUUUCUUUCUUUCUUUCUUUCUUUCUUUCUUUACCAGUUUUACUUUUCUUUUCUUCUUUUUCUCUUAACACAUUUUCCUUUUCUUUCUUUCUUUCUUUCUUUCUUUCUUUUUUCUUUCUUUCUUUACCAGUUUUACUUUUCUUUUCUUCUUUUUCUCUUAACACAUUUUCCUUUCUUUCUUUCUUUCCUUUCUUUCUUUCUUUCUUUCUUUCUUUCUUUCUUUCUUUUUUUUCUUUCUUUUUUUUCUUUUUUUUAUUUCUUUUCUCUUAAUCUAUUUUCCUUUUUUUUCUUUUCUUUCUUUCUUUUUUUGCCUUUCUUUCUUUCUUUCUUUCUUUCUUUCUUUCUUUCUUUCUUUUUUAUUUCUUUCUUUUUUCUCUCCCCUAUUUCUUUUUUUUGCGUUUUCUAUUUCUUCUUUUUUUGCUUUUCUUUUCUUUCUUUUUUUUUUUCUUUCUUUUCUUUCUUUUUUCUUUCUUUCUUUCUUUCUUUCUUUUCUCCCUUUUUUAUUUCUUUUGCGUUCUCUAAUCUAUUUCUUCUUUUUUUGCUUUUCUUUUCUUCUUUUUUUUUUGCCUUUCUUUCUUUCUUUUCUUUCUUUCUUUCUUUCUUUCUUUCUUUCUUUCUUUUCUUUUUCUUUCUUUCUCCCCCUUUUUUAUUUCUUUUGCGUUCUCUAAUCUAUUUCUUUCUUUUUUUGCUUUUCUUUUCUUCUUUUUUUUGCCUUUUUCUUUCUUUCUUUUUUUCUUUUUUCUUUCUUUCUUUUCUUUCUUUUUCUCCCCUUUUUUAUUUCUUUGCGUUCUCUAAUCUAUUUCUUUCUUUUUUGCUUUUCUUUUCUUCUUUUUUUUGCCUUUCUUUCUUUCUUUCUUUCUUUCUUUCUUUCUUUCUUUCUUUCUCCCCCUUUUUAUUUCUUUGCGUUCUCUAA